AUGAGCAACCAGGUCAGAAGUUACUACGCACCCACCGGGGGUCUGCCUCCCCAGACACAGGUCCUCACCGAUCGCGCCAUGUUCACCGAGGCCUACGCCGUCAUCCCCAAGGGCACCUUUAGCGACAUUGUCACCAGCUUCCUCCCCUUCUGGGACCAGACCCGGUUAUGGGUGAUCGCCCGCCCGCUCUCAGGCUUCGCCGAAACCUUCUCGCAAUAUAUCAUGGAAGUGCAACCGGGUGGUGGAAGUGACCGAGCCGAACUCGACGACGGCGCACAAGGAGUUCUGUUCGUAGUGGAAGGCGAAGUCACCGUGACCCUGGCCGGACAAACCCACACACUCCGCGAGGGCGGGUACGCUUAUCUCCCUCCGAAGAGCGGCUGGACUCUCCGCAACACGGGCUCCGCUACCGCCCGGUUCCAUUGGGUUCGAAAGACUUAUGAAGCUGUGGAUGGACUCGACUUUCCCGACCCGCUUUUUCUUAACGAAAAGGACAUCGCGCCCACAGUGAUGCCCGAUACCGAUGGUGCGUGGGCGACAACUCGCUUUGUGGACCCGACCGAUCUUCGUCACGACAUGCAUGUUACUAUCGUGACCUUCCAACCGGGUGGUGUUAUUCCAUUCGCUGAGACCCACGUUAUGGAGCACGGAUUGUAUGUCUUGGAAGGAAAGGCUGUUUACCGUCUUAAUCAGGAUUGGGUUGAGGUUGAGGCAGGUGACUUCAUGUGGUUGCGUGCUUUCUGCCCGCAAGCCUGUUACGCCGGUGGUCCUGGGCCAUUCCGCUACCUGCUUUACAAGGAUGUUAACCGUCACAUGAAGCUAUCACGAUAA